CCUGGCCGCUGCUGGUACCCGGUGUCCAAUUAAAUGGAUCCAUACUGUGCCCUCUGGUGGAAGUAGACAGCAUAUCUUAAAGAAUUUACCUGAAGAGAGUUUAAUGAUGAGUCAUUAACUAAAUGUGGGACUGGGGUUAAGGGAAGCAGUAAGCAUUAGUGAAACACCUAGGGGACUGGUAACAACAGGAAACAGUUACCAUCCAAAGACCUCAAGGGGGAAAAUGAGGGAACUGUUUCUGGAGCAGAGAAAGGGCAAGAGCCACUGAACAGGGGCCACUCAGCAGAACAUGGCCAUUGCCAGAACUUCUGCAGGGUAGGCAGCAGGUAAUAUUAGGAAAUACUCAACCUCUCCCUUGUGCCCUAUAAUGUUGGUGCCUUUCACUGGCCAGUGCCAACUCAAGUGGAAAGGGCAAGGUGAUACAAGGUGAUACAGGGUGAUACAAGGCUAUAUCACCCUGCAAGGCCCAGAGAAAGCUAGAGAAUGGAUCUGGCAGCUGAAUAGAGUGAGCACAUAUAUAUCUGUUGUAGACGUGGUCCUGGCAGUCAGUAAAACCUCAUUUGAUACUGAAUUAAAAUUAAAGUUUAGCCUUAUCUGGUAUCCCUUUUCAUUUACAUAAGAAAUUAUUUAUGCUCUUGUGUUCUGGAUCUUAGUAGAUGAGAGAAGUAAUAUACUCAUUUUAGGAAUAGUUGCUUUGUAUGUUUCUAAGAGCAUUUAGUACACAGACAUGUUUAUUUUUUUCAUCUGUUGAAUUACAAAGCAUGGAUCCAGAAGAGUGUGAUAAUUCUGUCAGUUAUUUGGGUGGAACUCUCACAUAGUCUGGUUGUCUGCUUUUCUGUGUAUUUUGUUUGAAAUGAUAUAGUACAGUUGAAGGAAUAUAUAUUCUUUUCCUUGCAAGUUUCUAUUCAGGGCUAAAUAAGUCUGUCUUUCCAACUCGGCCCAGCCCUCUGGCCCAGGCUGAGCAAUCCCGGCUUUUAACUCAGCGGGCUGAGCAGCUGCUCAGCUGUCUCCAAGGCAAUGGUAAUUGCCUGUGAACUUGACCCAAGGCUAGUAGCUGAACUUCACAAAAGAGUUCAGGGCACGCCUCUGGCCAGUAAACUUCAAGUAAUGGUGGGUGAUGUGCUGAAAACAGAUUUGCCAUUCUUUGAUGCUUGUGUGGCAAAUUUGCCAUAUCAGAUCUCUUCUCCUUUUGUCUUCAAGCUGUUGCUUCACCGACCUUUUUUCAGAUGUGCUAUACUUAUGUUUCAAAGAGAAUUUGCCCUCCGACUAGUUGCAAAACCUGGAGAUAAACUGUACUGUAGACUUUCAAUUAAUGCACAGCUGUUAGCACGUGUGGACCAUCUAAUGAAAGUUGGGAAAAAUAACUUCAGACCACCACCCAAGGUGGAAUCCAGUGUUGUGAGAAUAGAACCUAAGAAUCCACCACCACCCAUCAAUUUUCAGGAAUGGGAUGGUCUAGUAAGAAUUACCUUUGUUAGGAAAAACAAGACACUGUCUGCAGCAUUUAAGUCAAGCGCAGUGCAACAGUUGUUGGAAAAAAACUACAGAAUUCACUGUUCUGUCCAUAAUAUUAUAAUACCAGAAGAUUUCAGCAUAGCAGAUAAAAUACAGCAAAUCCUAAACAACACAGGUUUUAGUGACAAGCGUGCCCGUUCCAUGGACAUCGAUGACUUCAUUAGAUUGCUACAUGGAUUCAAUGCAGAAGGUGUACAUUUUUCUUAAGCAUCUGGGAAAGAAUUUUUUAGACUUAAGAAAUGAAUUGUAUAUUUUUAAUAAUUUUGAGAAUGUGAACAAUACUUUUGCUCCACUGGGGCACUAUGUGCUUGACUAUUUUUAAUACUAUUGUCACCACUUAUUACUCUGAAUUUUUACGGUGGUUAAGUCAGUCAAUUCUGAGUACUCAGAAGUUUGUUUUCUUUUUUUAAAUCUAGAAUAGGGCAGGGUCCAAUCCAUACAUGAUAAUCUCUGAGAGCCACAGACACAACUUUGCACUUAACUUCUAACAGUUUAUUGUGUGAAGAUGUUACUCUUCUAUGUUACCUCUUACUGUAAGGACCUCUUUGGGCCUUCAUUAGGCCUUUGUCCCUCAAGUAGUAAAAAUGUUAAAAUAUAUUUAACUCAGUCACAUACCGCCAUACAUACCAUUUCUUCUUUGUAUUCAUGUGUAUAGUAAAAAGUUAUUUCUUAA